CUCACAAGACGUCGGGGAGACGUCGACGUGAAAACCCCUCACCCGCAACGUCAUCACGUACGCUGGGCCGGCGUUGCUCCUCCUCCUUCUGAAACCCUCUAGUGCGAUAAGCAGGGCCCACAUAUCCUGCGGUCGUCAGUGGGUCGACAGUCCAGUCGAGCACUGAUACUCCAGUGGUAGCCGUCAAGCUGACUGGUGGUGCGUGCGUCUCUGCUAUCGAACAUCCCUUUGAGAGACGGCAUUUGCUCGACAGAUUCUACAGAGUCGUCGGCGUUCUCGGUAACACCACUUCAAGAACCAUCCUUCCCGCACAGCCAGUCAUGCUGUCGACACGCCACAUCUUGCCGGCCGUAGUCGCCAUCCUCGUCCUGUUCGUCUCCUCGUCGCGAGCACAGGACGCCGCCGCCGCCGAAGAAGUUCCCUUCAGGCCCUUUCACAACUGCACAUGGAAGAAGGGCGAUCCUGGUGCGCCCGCGUUGGCCCGCCUGGGAGGAUGCGAGGGCCUUGAGGUGUGUCCACUCUACAGGAACACGUCGGCCAAGCUUGAGAUGCAGUUCCAAGUGCACAAUGCCACGCGGGGCAUCUACCGGCGCAUCUACGGCCUCUUCGAGAAGGUGAUGGUGCCGUACGGUCGCGAGACCAGCAUCUGCGACUCGACGGCUUCCGUCGACGACGACGUCAAGUGCUCCCAGGCCGACCGGGGACUUCGCGGGGGACACACGUACCGGCACACGGGAGCCUUCUUCGUCAAGCCCUUCUUUCCAAAGGUGAAGGUGGACGUAGCCGUGUACGUCUACGACAAGGAAGGCCCGACCAAGACACCCAUCGCCUGCGUCAUGAUCCCCGUCGAGAUUCUGGACCGGGAAGUUGAAUGAGCCGAUCGUCGACCUCGACCAGUUGGUGCAGUUGCUGGAGGCUCCUGGAGUGGAGCCCUGUUACACCAAAAAAAUAAAUAAUUUAACAAACCUA